UUCACGGCGGGUUGCCGGCCGCCAUCUUGGACCUCGCUCGUUUGAGAAGCCGGCCGCCCGCAAAAAUCCCAAGUUUCACGAGUUUGCGUGGCUCCAGGUGCCCCGUAAAAAAGUUUAGUGGGCCCGUGACGAAAUUUGGAGGCCCACCGUGGACAAAUUGAUAAGGAUUCGGAUCCGGAAUGCUUUAGGAUAAACCAAAUACUUCUGCUUCAAUCAAUAUACGAGUGAUGUUCUCUUCAAUUUCCUCGUAACACUUCUUUCAUUUUCAGGAUUACUCCUGCAUUCAUAUGUUGGUAGCUGGGUGAGCGGUGGAUGCAGCGUAGUUAGUAGUCGAAGGUUUUGGCUGAGCGACGGAGGCAGCGCAAUUAGCUUAGUUAAGAACGGUAACGAAGACGUCAGAGAUCUUGUGACAAUGGCGCUGCCAAGCAGAGCGCGAGUCUACUCGGACAUCAAUUCACACAAGCCUCGCGAGUACUGGGACUACGAGUCCUACGUUGUUGACUGGGGUCAGCAAGAUGAUUACCAAUUAGUCAGAAAACUGGGCCGGGGGAAAUACAGUGAAGUAUUUGAAGCCAUCAAUGUCACAAAUAAUGAAAAGUGUGUCGUCAAAAUAUUAAAGCCAGUAAAAAAGAAGAAGAUAAAGAGAGAGAUCAAAAUUCUGGAAAACCUGAGAGGUGGGACCAAUAUUAUCACACUACAGGCAGUUGUCAAAGACCCAGUAUCAAGGACGCCGGCAUUGAUAUUUGAACAUGUGAAUAACACUGACUUCAAACAGCUCUACCAGACGCUUACGGAUUUCGACAUCCGAUACUACCUCUACGAAUUAUUAAAGGCUUUGGACUAUUGCCAUAGUAUGGGAAUAAUGCACAGAGAUGUAAAGCCGCACAACGUUAUGAUCGAUCAUGACAAUCGAAAGCUGCGGCUGAUUGAUUGGGGUUUAGCAGAGUUUUAUCAUCCAGGACAGGAGUACAAUGUACGUGUAGCGUCCCGCUAUUUUAAAGGCCCGGAGCUACUAGUCGACUAUCAGAUGUAUGACUACUCACUAGAUAUGUGGUCGCUUGGUUGCAUGCUGGCGAGUAUGAUAUUCAGAAAAGAACCAUUUUUCCACGGACAUGAUAACUAUGAUCAGCUAGUGAGAAUCGCGAAAGUUCUAGGAACUGAGGAGCUUUUUGAGUACCUGGACAAGUAUCACAUCGAAUUAGAUCCUCGUUUCAACGAUAUCUUAGGUCGCCACUCGCGCAAGCGUUGGGAACGUUUUGUCCAUUCGGAAAACCAGCAUCUUGUUUCUCCCGAAAGCCUUGAUUUCCUUGAUAAACUUCUACGCUAUGACCACUACGGGAGACUCACUGCGCGCGAAGCAAUGGACCAUCCAUAUUUUUAUCCCAUAGUAAAGGAACAAGGUCGGCUUACCAUGGUCUCGUCGUCACCUACUCCCAUGACGGGCUCACUGCCUGUAGUUGAGUAGCGGCCCAGAUGACCACAGCGUGGCAGUGGGCAGUAUGCCGGUACCAGUUGCCGUUUCCGGGUCAGCUGGGCUAGGGGUCGGGGACGGGGUCGAAGGCGGGGAAGGGGGCCCUCUAGAAGAGCCCUCACCCCCUCAGCCGACACCCCAGCUUAUAUAACCAUAACAUCCCCAAAUUUUCCAACAACCCCCAAGCUACUUCUAAACACAAAACAACAUCAGAUACACAGUAUUGUCAACGUCAUACCUUUGCGCACUACUAGAAUUCAGUCCGAAGGAAACCAAUCGAUUGAGUCAUCGAAAAUAAAGACUAGUCGUUUGCUGAACAUCAAUAGCGCAAACUUUGCUCUUCAGACACCACACGGUUUAUCAAGCUUUGGCCGUAUUGAAAUAUCUGAAAUAACGAAAAUAAUCAUAGAAUGAAUUUGCGGCUUUUUAUUAUCGAAAACUAGCCGUUUCAAUGAAAUUAAUUCUAACCAAUUGUUAACUCUAUUGGGUAUUUAUUUAGUUAUGAUACUGGUGUGCGGGCUGUUUUUUUGGCUCGUUUUAAAACCACUGAUCAAAAAUUACGUCGCCAAAACACAUGCAUAGUUAGGUCCUGAUUUUUUCACAGAUUGUUCAUAUUUAUGGAUACACCGAUAGCGAUAAUAGGUCAUUCAAAUUAGUAUAUUUAACGACGACAAAAAUGUUCAUUUAUAUCUGAUACCACAAUAAUAGCUGAAUAAAAUGUUUGUUAUAGCCAAAAUUUUUUUGUAAAAUGUAUUCACCUGCAUCCAACAUAGUAAUUAUCAUCGAAUUUAACUUAAAAACUUUCUGGACAUCGUGCAAGAAAAUUCGUUAGACAUUCUUUACAUUGUACAGUUGGUUGAAAUCUAUACGUUAAUAAAUUAUGUCGCAUGUUACACAGUCGUUAUAAUUAUAAUUAAUUCAUGUCGGUAGAUACUUCAUUGUGACUUACACUAGAACCUCAUGUGAUUGUACGUAACAUCACUGUGCUAAUGAAAUUUUCUAAUGAACAUGAAAUGUCAUAAAUGUACAGUAGUAUCUUGAACAUUUCACUCUUUCGUUGAAAUUAAUGCUGAAAUAAGCUGUGAAAAAGUUAGAACAAAACGAUGAAAAAGUUUAUGUUAGGCAAUAUUCAAAGUUACUGAGAUUUAAUAAUGUACAGUCCUUUUAUAGUUAAUUUAGUGGAUAUAGUUAACAUUAUUCAAAGAAAGUAAUUUUGAAUAUAAAAUCGCACCAAAAUGGAAUCAACCUAUGAGUAAUGGAAAGAAUAUUGUGCUCGUAUCACGCACUAUACGUCAUCAGCUGUCAGAGUCUGCAUUAGGUGAAAACAGUACCUUAAUAUUCAUAUUAUAUUAUUAUACUUCUGAAUUAAUGUUUCGUGGACUGAAAAUGCACAGAUAAUUCCCUAUCACUGUCACAGAUUAAUACCAACGACAGGCUUUGGACAAACGUCGUACAUGCUAUAGUAAUACAAUAUCUUAUAGCUACAAUGAUCAAAGCUAACUGUAAAUUUCAAGCAUGCCCCCAAAUCCUAUGAACAAAGUCUGCCACUGGUAUCAGUGUUGCAAAAAAUUUCUGCAAAUAAAUCCGAAAUGUGACAGCAUAUAUUUCUGUUUAUCAAUAGCUCAGCAUUGUCCUUUCCGGUGAUGAAGGCAAAUCUAAUGUGCAAAAUAAAUGAUGAUAGCGAAUAACUUCAACGACAUUGAUAAUUCACUUUAGUAAAAUAAUCCUGCAACUAUUAGCUUGUGCAGCAGCUAUUUAGCGAGUACGUUUAUUUUGAUUCAUAGGUCCGGCUGGUAAUUGCAGGAUUAAAUUGUAUACCUAAAUAAUGAUUGUGUAAGAAGUGUGUUGACCUGCCCUGAAGUGGUACUUAGAGAAAAUAUUAAAUUUCUAAUAAAAAUGUAACUAUUUCAUAAGUAUGUUCAAUACAAGGCUGGUUACCACACUAAUUUAAUAUUUUAUCACGAUUACUACGCGACACAUUUGAAAUAACAAAGGUGUAAAUUACCCAAACUACACUUGCUCCCAUUAUUUUUUGUUCAAUAAUGAAUUUUGGGUACCAGCACUGAAAAAUCGAAUCGAUCAUCUAUUCACAUUGCAUAAUUAUGUCUUAAGGAUUUGUAAAGAUGUUUGUAUACGUCAAAUUUUAUCUGGAACCUGCACCUGUUUCAUUUUUAUAGGUGCUGAUGUACUGUUUGUCUAAGUAACUAUGUGUUUGCAGUUUCCAUACAUCAUGGAGCUAUAAAAUUCUCCUAAGCAAAAUCAUAUGUUGGAUAGUGUAUGAUAUUUACUAUAUUUUUUAUUUUGCAAAGAAAAAACUAACGAAAACAAAUGAUAAUAACAAUGAUAAGAUGAUGAAUUAAUAUAAACGUAUACGGUUUUCUUUACAUUAUUUUAUGACGUAGCUGUUCAAUUCGAUGGUUUCAUGAAUAAAAUAUUUAGGGUGUA